AUGAUAUGGAGAAUGGGACCCAGUUUGACUAUACUGCUGGCAUUAUUGCUGGUGUGUGGAUCAGAACCCCACGGGCAGACCAUGAAUAGAGGAAGCCGCGGAGGGCAGAAAGUGCCUCUGGUUUCUGCUGUCAACAGAAGGCCAGCUCGGUUACUGAGGCACAUGGGGAGGUCUCAGGGAAUUGAGAGAACCACUCGGGAAGAACCAAACCUUCAGCCUCUCCAAAGGAGGAGCUUACCGGUAUUGACAGUAGCUCAUGCCACCGCACCGCCAGCCUCGCUGGGCAUCCAUGGGGCCCCAGUGAGAACUCAGAAGAGCCCAGCAGCUCGGAGCUCUCCGCGUGAGAUGGUCCGAGAUGAGGGGUCCUCAGUUCGGUCAAGAAUGUUGCGUUUCCCGUCUGGGUCCAGCUCUCCCAACAUCCUUGCCAGCUUUGCAGGGAAAAACAGGGUAUGGGUCGUCUCGGCCCCACACGCCUCGGAAGGCUACUACCGCCUCAUGAUGAGCCUGCUGAAGGACGACGUGUAUUGUGAGCUGGCUGAGAGGCACAUCCAGCAGAUCGUGCUGUUCCACCAGGCAGGCGAGGAAGGAGGCAAGGUGCGGAGGAUCACCAGUGAGGGCCGCGUCCUGGAGCAGCCCUUGGACCCCAGCCUCAUCCCAAAGCUGAUGAGCUUCUUGAAGUUAGAGAAAGGCAAGUUCAGCAUGGUGUUGUUGAAGAAGACAUUGCAGGUGGAGGAACGCUACCCUUACCCCGUCAGGUUGGAAGCCAUGUAUGAGAUCAUCGACCAGGGCCCCAUCCGCAGGAUAGAGAAGAUCAGGCAGAAGGGUUUUGUGCAAAAAUGUAAGGCCUCUGGAGUCGAGGGCCAGGUGGUAGAGGAGGGGAACAAUGAUGGAGAGGCAGGAAGGCCAGGCCUGAGUAAUGAGAAGAGGAAAGAGGAGCAGAGGAGAGCGCAAGUGCCACCCACCAGAGAGAGUCGGGUGAAGGUGAUGAGAAGACCAGCCACCACUGCAGGGGCCCCUCACCCACCUCCUCCAACCCCACGGGCCACCACGCUGCCUCCAGCUCCGGUCACAACAGUGACGCGGGCCACCUCUCGGGUGGUGACGGUAGCUGCAAGACCCACAACCACCACAGCCUUUCCGACCACCCAGAGGCCCUGGACCUCCCGAGUGCACCUUUCUUCGGCCCCCCACAAGCCCCCCGCAACAGCUGAGGUGACCACUGCCAAGGGCCCAGUGGCCUCCGAGAAUCUCUACCCUCCACCCAGGAAGGAGCAGCCCAGGGAGGGGCCCCCGACCACUAGGAGGCCCAGCAAGGCCACCAACUUCGAGGGCUUCACAGCUGCCCCUUCCAUCCCCAUCUCCGAGCCCAGCACCAGGGCUGGCGUGGGCCGUUUCCGGGACAACCGCACAGACAGGCGGGAGCAUGGCCCUGGAGAACCCAAUGUGGUGCCAGGUCCUCACAAGCCAGCAAAGGGGAAACCUCCCAAAAGGAAAGCCCAGGACAAAAUUCUUAUCAAUGAGUAUGAGGAUAAGUAUGACCUCAGCCCGCCGACCACCUCUCAGCUGGAGGAGGAGUUGCAGGGGGGAAAUAUGCCCCCCCAAAAAGCGAAGGAGUCUAAAAAGCACGAAAAACUUGAGAAACCCAAGAAUGAGAAGAAAAAAAAGGUGAAGAGUGAGAAAGCAGACAAGUUACUCAAGAGUGAAAAGCAAGUGAAGAAGGACAAGGCUGAGAAAAAGAGCAGGCAGGAGAAAGAGAAGAACAAGAAGAAAAAAGUGGGGAGGACAGAGCAGGAUGGCCACCUGAAACCCACAAAACCCUUCACUCAGAAUCCCAGGAAGUUGGUGACCGACCUGCUGGGGCCCUUUGAAGGCAAACGGAGGCUGCUUCUGAUUACCACUCCCAAGGCUGAAAACAGCAUGUAUGUGCAGCAGCGAGAUGAGUAUCUGGAAAGUUUCUGCAAGAUGGCCACCAGGAAAGUCUCCGUGAUCACUAUCUUUGGCCCUGUCAGCAACAGCACCAUGAAAAUCGACCACUUCCAGCUAGACAAUGAGAAACCUAUGCGAGUUAUGGAUGAAGAGGACUUGGUAGACCAGCAUCUCAUCAGCAAGCUGAGGAAGGAAUAUGGAAUGACCUACAAUGAUUUCUUUAUGGUGCUCACAGAUGUGGACCUCAGAGUCAAGCAAUAUUAUGAGGUGCCUAUAGCUAUGAAGUCUGUGUUUGAUUUGAUCGAUACUUUCCAGUCCCGAAUCAAAGACAUGGAAAAGCAGAAGAAGGAUGGCAUCAUUUGCAAGGAAGACAAGAAGCAGUCACUGGAAAACUUCCUAUCCAGAUUCCGUUGGAGGAGGCGGUUGCUGGUGAUCUCGGCCCCUAAUGAUGAAGACUGGGCCUAUUCACAGCAGCUCUCUGCCCUCAGUGGUCAGGCAUGCAAUUUUGGUCUGCGCCACAUAACGGUUCUGAAGCUUUUAGGUGUUGGAGAGGAAGUAGGGGGCGUUUUAGAACUGUUCCCGAUUAAUGGGAGCUCUGUUGUGGAGCGAGAAGACAUACCAGCCCAUCUGGUGAAAGACAUACGCAACUACUUUCAAGUGAGCCCAGAGUAUUUCUCCAUGCUUCUAGUUGGAAAAGAUGGAAAUGUGAAAUCCUGGUAUCCUUCCCCAAUGUGGUCCAUGGUGAUUGUAUACGAUUUAAUUGAUUCGAUGCAACUCCGGAGACAGGAAAUGGCCAUUCAGCAGUCACUGGGGAUGCGCUGCCCGGAAGAUGAGUAUGCAGGCUAUGGUUACCAUAGUUACCAUCAAGGAUACCAGGAUGGUUACCAGGAUGACUACCGUCAUCAUGAGAGUUACCACCAUGGAUAUCCUUACUGA